CGGAAGCCAUUGCCGUUGCAUUCUAACUGUUGCAGAAAACAUCACACAAUGGACAGUUCAGUUUUGCUGUAACUCGUUAAAAUGUUAAGUUUACGAUCGUAUUGACCAGUAAUUUAACACUGUUCUGAUCUUUGCCACCUCCUCCAAUGGAAUGUGAUAUUUUGGAUGCGUUGGAUCAAAUCGGCUAUGACGGACCACUGCUGGAGGAGGAGGCUCUGGUUAAAGCAGCGGAAGCUGGACUGGCGUCUGCUAAAUAUGUGAACUUGUGUAGAUGGCUAGUUUUCCAACUGAAACCGUUAUGCGACCUCGAAGAAGUCAUAUCGUCUUCGCCAGAGGAUUCGGAUAGCCUGCAGUUUGAAAUCAGUGGUUUGCUGAAGGAGUUGAACUGUCCCUAUCAAAGUUUGGUCUCAGGGAUCCUCCAAAGUGGUCUCCACAAUAAGAAGGACUCUCUGAAGCUUUUACUGUUUCUGAGCUCGGAGCUGCAGGCUGCACAGAUAGUGAGGAGCACACUCUCCAGAGAUGAAGAGCAUGAGGAUGAAGGGAGUCCAGAACUGAAACACCUUCAGGCCAUCUGUGAAACUCUAAACAUCCCAGAGCCAAGACAACCAGACACAGCAGUGCUAUUCUCCGAAAUUGAGAAAAAGAUAAACACAGUAUUGCAAAAGCUUCCCAAGGAGCAUGUAGGAGAGCCGGCUAUGAAGACUUCCCUCAGCAGUGAACAGUGGGAGAGGCUGGAGGACGUCAACAAGGCCCUGUCCUCGGAGUACGAGUGUCGCCGGAGGAUGCUGAUCAAGCGUCUGGAUGUGACUGUGCAAUCCUUUGGAUGGUCCGAGAGAGCCAAGGAGCGGGUGGACAGCAUGGCCAGAGCGUACCAGCCUAAGAGACACACCCUGGCAUUGGUGCCGUCGGUGGGCAUGGCGGACCUGCUGGCUGCCAGGGAGGACAUCUGUAACUUGGUGAAGACCAGCAGUGGCUCCAGCAGGGAGGGAACAGCCUGCGCUGUCAACAAGAUCCUGAUGGGGAGAGUUCCAGACCGAGGAGGCAGGCCCUCUGAGAUGAAUGCCCCCCGUCCCGAAAUGCCUCCAUGGCAGAAGAGGCAGGAUGGUGGAGGGGGCUGGGGCGGUCGAGGUGGAGGAGGUUGGGGAGGGAGCAAGGGAGGGUGGGGACAAGGAGGAAACCAGAGUGGACAUGGAGGAAAGCGUGGACGUUACAAAUACUAACUCAGAUUUGUUGGUGCUCUUUUGUUGCUCUUUGAUUUUUUUGUUUUGAAUGGCCAGACAAAUCAUGAACUGAACUGAAUUGGUAAAUGUCUUUCAGAGAUGUUUUAUUAUUUUGCUGUUGUGAUUGAAAUAUAGGCAUACAGCAUGACAUGAAAUUAUAUUAAUAUUUACAAUAGCCACUUUGCUGUGAAUCAAUCAUUUUCGAAUUAAAUUUUUUCUAAUUAAAUGAUUUAUGAUAA